UGGCCUUUCGAUCGAUUCAAAAUUUGAGAGAUAGCCGUCACGUGUAGUACAAAAAGUAGCUCUUGACAAUGGAGGGUCCAGCUAGUAAGGUUUUACAAAGAAAGCUCUACUCCUGGCUCUCUUCAAGGAAGGGAAUACCUCUCUGCAUCUUUGGACUCUUGCUCCUCGCUAUCUCGGCAUUUCAGUUUGGAGAGGUUCUCCUCUCCUGGAGUAAAGAGAGAUAUGCUGCUCAGUUUAGUAUCCACCACGACAACAUUGCUGGCACCUCUUUCGAGAAAUUUAUGACACCAGACUUACCCAUUGAUAUUGUCUAUACAUGGGUCAAUGGGUCUGAUCCACGUCUGCUUGCAGAACUUAAAAUCCUGAGACAGGAAGUUGUUGAGUUAGAAGAAGAGGAAAAGAAACUGAAACAGAACAAUAAUGCAACUAAUAUAACAAGAGUGGCGACUCCCACCCCAACACAGUGUCCAUUCAAGCACUGCAUCCCAUGGAAGUCACUGAUAGUUGAUGCUACCAACCUCUCCUCCUCACUCUCUCUCUCUUCCUUCUCUCAAGAGUUUCCAAGCAUACAUCCGAGCGACAUAUUAAAUAUUUAUUAUCUCAAUACUACCGGGGGCCAUGCUCCACCUGUUUAUGCUGUUAGGAUGCCAACAGAAGAUAGAGUAUCAUCGUACUUACUUAAUUCAUCACUGACUUCUUAUGAUGGGCACAUUGUCUCUAUAACAAGAGGCUUCUUGUCUUCUGACCCAUUGUUAGUGAGUGGUGUAGCAAUCAACCAGUCUUUAAUGUUUUCCUCUCCCCAUCUCUUCCCUAACAACUUAACCAUCAAAGAAUUAAUAACAUCAACUCUUCACUCAUUAAACAUUGGAUUGAUAACAGAGUUGGAGAUACCUAUUCGCAGUAUUGGUGUGGCUUUUAUUCAAAAGUUCGAUGUGGGAAGGCUUCUACAUAGCCUAAACGCUACAUUUAUGAAUGAGACACUGUUGUUUCACUUACCUCAUGCAAUAUGGCUACCAAUGACACCAGAAGAGAAGGAGACAAAGAAUGAUAUUAUUUCAUCAAAUAGAUUCCAAGACAACGAAGAAUUGCGUUAUUCUUUAAGAUCAGUGGAGCGCUAUGCUCCCUGGAUAAGACGUAUUUAUAUUGUAACUAAUGGGCAGAUACCUCACUGGCUUAAUCUUGAUAAUCCAAGAAUAUCAGUAGUCACUCAUCAAGAUAUUUUUGUAAACAAGUCUCAUUUGCCUUGCUAUAGUUCUCCUGCUAUUGAGAGCCAUUUGCACAGAAUACCAGGACUAAGCAAGUAUUUCUUGUAUCUCAAUGAUGAUGUUAUGUUUGGUAAUGAUAUUUGGCCUCACGAUUUCUUUACUCCAGAAGGAGGGCAAAGAAUUUUUCUAAGUUGGUCUGUACCCAAUUGUGCCGAAGGCUGUCCUAGUAAUUGGAUCAGAGAUAAAUAUUGUGACACAGCCUGUAAUGUAUCUUCCUGUGAUUGGGAUGGAGGUGAUUGCAUUAAUGCUACCAGACCUGGCCCAGUCGGCUCCAGAUCAUGGGGCACUUAUCGUAGAACUAGUGACUAUUGCAGCUCAGGUUGUUUAAACACAUGGAUUGGCGAUAGGUAUUGCGACAAUUCCUGCAAUGUCUUCAAGUGUGGCUAUGAUGCUGGGGAUUGUGGCAUUGACCAACUAAAUGAGAUUUAUUCGGUUAGUGUGACAAACACCUCGUCAUCUACUCCGCCCGUCUUUGUUAUACCACUUGAAACACAAGCAGUGUAUUUCAAUCUCUCCUCCAUAUUUUAUAACCGCUCCAUCACUGCGGCUACCCACACUCCCUCCCCAAUCAUAAGGACUGCCAUCGUUGCUCAAAAAUUCAAAAUCUUAUCGCUAACUUUUUCAUCCAAUGUCUCACGAAACUCCUCCCACUUUAUAAUCAAGAGCAAAGUCAAAGAAACAGAGAUAUCUGUUGAGUUCAUAGUCGUUGCUGACACUAAGACAGUUAACUUCUCUUCAUUAUUGAAAGAUAAAUCUUACGGGAAGUGGAGCUUUCCUCAUUAUAAUAAUGUCACUCAACCAAGCUUUAUGCACGAGGUGUCUGUGAGGAUAAUGGAUCAUGAUAAAAGGAUUGGAUCCUGGUUUACUGAAAGGCCCACAAUGACUCAUAUUCCUACUCCUCCCAGUGUCUCAACCCUCACUAAUUACACAGUCACUAACCUCACCCUCCUCCCUCCCUCAGUCGCCAGUGCGUACAGUCAGUUAGAGCAAGAGUGGACUGAUGGUGACCUAACUCGGAGAGGAUUCCUCAAAAAGAAAUCGACCCUCCUUCAACCUUACUCCCACCUUCCUUGUGUCCACUCCUAUACUGUGCAACUAGGAGCUGAUGGACAGGUUCACACCGAGUCUAAAAUUAGCUCGCAUGUUACUAAAAAUAGUAACACUUAUUACAGUCACCCCACCCACACGCGUAGUGAGCUCUCACAUAAAACCCGUCGUCUCCUCAGCGAGUCUAACUUCCCCUCUAGCUGGUUGCCGUGGGAACGCUAUGGGGUUUUCCCCGUCUCGGAAGAGUCAUCACUCUACCAGAUGUCCCCCCAAAAGAGGCGGAGACUUCUCGAUACUUUUGCCGAGUCGCUGCGCUACGUAAACCUUCUUUACACGAGGGAGUACGGGCGGGAAGCUCGCAAGGUACCUGCCCACAUGCCGCACAUGAUCAAUAAAGAAAUAAUGACAGAGCUACAGGCAAAGUAUUCUGAACAAUUUGACAAGACCUCUUCUCACAGACUAAGAAACAAGGAAGACAUGCAAUACUCCUUCUCUUACUUCUACUACCUCAUCGGAGAGAAAACCGUCAUUCCAGUAUCCACCAUAUUCAAUGAAAUGGACACUGAUAAAUCCGGUAUAUUGUCAGUGAGGGAGCUGAGGACGCUCUUGGUUAGGUUGAAAGGCGUUCCACUGACUGCUAGUGUCAUUGAUGAUUUCGAGGGAGUUUUAAAGGAUUGUGCUUUGAAGUAUAAUCAUAGUUUGCCGUCAGUUGAUCCACUGGAGUAUGAGACUCACUAUGAUCCCAACUUGCCCCUCCUAACUUUAGAGUUUGUUGCUAAUUGUACUGAGCUCGUGAAGAUGAUCAAUAAAACAUAUGGAUCAAAAAACAGAUUCAAGUAUGUUGAAUUAGAUGGAGAACACGACGUUAAUUUUAAAAUGCUACAUCACAACAGCACAGUCGUAUUGUCAAAAUUAGAUGAAGUCCGAAAGUCUCAGAAGAAAUUCAUUUGUCUAAAUGAUAAUUUGGACCACACGUCGGAGGACAGCAGAAUGGCUGCCCUCAUUUUGCAGGACUUUUACGAGUCAUACUUUCCAAUACAGUCACAGUUUGAGCUACCAGCAAACUAUAGGAACAGGUUCCUUUAUGUGGAGGACCUGGAAGAGUGGUUACAAAAUAGACGAAUCAUGCAAGUACUCCUACAGUUAAUAUGUGUUGCGCUGGUCCUAGUAUGUCUCUUUUCAGUGUUUUAUGGAAAGAUUAUUCAGUGUAGGAGAAAGGUCGGGCGCUGUAUUCAAAACUGUUUUCAAGGGAACAGGUCGGGUCGACUGUCAACAGUAUGAUAAUGAUGGCAGAAUAUUAAUAAAAGUUAUAUAUAUGUAUAUCUCUCGAAGUACAUACAAUAAACUGAAUCAGUUCUUUUAUAUUAUAAUUUAUAUUUCAAUAAUUUACCAAUAAAUUAUUAUUAUUAUUAUUAUUGUACAGGAUUUGUAUAUAAUAUAUGGAACACAGAGAGAGAAAGAAAGAAAAGACAUAAUGUUAACACACAAUCACAAACAGAUAGAUCAACA